GGGGCGAGAGACGGAGCCGCGACCCCGCUGCCGCCCAGCGACCCCCGGCCCCAGCACCGCCGCCCCCCGCCCGACAUGGCUCUGCGGCGCCUUCUUCUCUUCGCUGCCGCGCUGGCGGCGGCCGCCGCGCCAGCCGCCGCCUUCUACCUGCCGGGCCUGGCGCCCGUCAACUUCUGCGAGGCCGGCAAGGAGAAGCCCGAGUGCAAGUCUGGAAUCGAGCUGUUUGUGAACAGACUUGACUCAGUAGAGUCUGUCCUCCCCUACGAAUACACUGCGUUUGACUUUUGUCAAGCAGAAGGAAAGAAGCGUCCUUCAGAAAACCUUGGCCAAGUCUUGUUUGGAGAGAGGAUAGAACCGUCUCCUUACAGGUUCACAUUCAACAAGAUGGAGACAUGUAAAUCUGUUUGUAUAAAAACAUAUGAUACCACAAAGCCAGAAGAUAAACAGAAAUUAGACUUUCUGAAAAAAAGUAUGCUACUGAAUUACCAACAUCACUGGAUUGUGGACAACAUGCCUGUGACGUGGUGUUAUGAUGUGGAAGAUGGCCAGAGGUUCUGUAAUCCUGGUUUUCCUAUUGGCUGUUACAUUACAGAAGAUGGCCGUCCUAAAGAUGCCUGUGUUAUUAAUUCAGAAUUUCAUGAAAAAGAUACGUUUUAUAUUUUCAACCACGUUGACAUAAAAAUAUAUUACCAUGUUGUGGAAAAUGAAGCUCUGGGAGCAAGACUAGUUGCUGCUAAACUUGAACCAAAAAGUUACAAGCAUACUCAUGCAGACAACCCUGACUGCUCAGGAGUAGCUAUGGAUAUAAGUAAUAAGGCUAGCGGAGAAGUCAAAAUUGCAUACACAUACUCAGUUACUUUUCACGAGGAAAAGAGUAUUAGGUGGGCAUCAAGAUGGGAUUAUAUUUUGGAAUCCAUGCCUCACACUCACAUCCAGUGGUUUAGUAUUAUGAAUUCCCUGGUGAUUGUCCUCUUUCUGUCUGGAAUGGUAGCUAUGAUUAUGUUGAGGACGCUGCAUAAAGAUAUUGCAAGAUACAAUCAGAUGGAUUCCACUGAAGAUGCCCAAGAAGAAUUUGGCUGGAAGCUGGUUCAUGGUGAUAUUUUCAGGCCCCCAAGGAAAGGAAUGCUGUUGUCAGUUUUUCUAGGCUCUGGAACACAGAUCUUAAUAAUGACUUUUGUUACCCUGUUUUUUGCCUGCCUGGGAUUUUUGUCACCUGCUAACAGGGGAGCCCUAAUGACCUGUGCUGUAGUUCUGUGGGUACUGCUUGGAACUCCAGCUGGUUAUGUUGCUGCCAGAUUCUACAAAUCAUUUGGAGGUGAGAAAUGGAAAACAAAUGUCCUGCUGACAUCAUUCCUUUGUCCUGGAAUUGUAUUUGCAGAUUUUUUUAUCAUGAACCUCAUUCUCUGGGGAGAAGGCUCUUCAGCAGCUAUUCCAUUUGGUACCUUGGUUGCUAUUUUGGCACUCUGGUUUUGCAUAUCUGUACCACUGACGUUUAUUGGUGCCUAUUUUGGGUUUAAGAAAAAUGCUAUUGAGCACCCUGUUCGCACAAACCAAAUUCCUCGUCAGAUUCCUGAGCAAUCAUUCUAUACAAAGCCAUUACCUGGCAUUAUCAUGGGAGGGAUUCUUCCUUUUGGAUGUAUCUUUAUACAGUUGUUCUUUAUUCUCAAUAGUAUUUGGUCCCACCAGAUGUAUUACAUGUUUGGCUUCCUGUUUCUGGUAUUCAUUAUUUUGGUUAUUACAUGUUCUGAGGCUACAAUAUUGCUCUGCUACUUCCAUCUAUGUGCAGAGGACUAUCACUGGCAGUGGCGUUCAUUUCUCACUAGUGGCUUCACUGCAGUUUAUUUCCUAAUAUAUGCAAUACAUUAUUUCUUUUCUAAACUGCAAAUCACAGGAACAGCUAGCACCAUUUUAUAUUUUGGUUAUACCAUGAUUAUGGUUUUGAUCUUCUUCCUUUUCACAGGGACAAUUGGAUUCUUUGCAUGCUUUUGGUUUGUAACCAAAAUAUACAGCGUAGUGAAAGUCGAUUGAAGAAGCCAAUGUAAAGAGUUAACAUGGAAGAGGUUUAAUCUUCAUUAACAUAACUUAAAAACCUGGUCUCGUUGAUGAACUUGAGCUUUAUCAGAAGUAUUGGCUUCCUAUUCUCUGAGAAUGAUACUGAAAUGCACCUACUUUUCCACUAACACGUUUGUAUUGUGACUUAACAACCUGUUUUCAUUCAAACCUUAAUGAAGAUCAGAGUUACGAUAUUUAUGCAUUUGUAAAUACAACUAUACUUUAAAAAAUGUUAAAUUCUAAUGGCAGAAUAGAAGUGGCUGUAUUACACAACUUAAUGAUACUUCUGAUCAAAGUACAACUGUAAAUAGGUUUUUCUAGCUUGGUAGGUGGGAUGAAUUAUUUUUCUUUGAGGGAAAUGAGAACUUUUUAUUAUGCUAACUUUGAAGGAUGACUCUUAAGAAGUGUUGCUUUUAGUCUGGAUGUGAUUUUUAUUUUUUACUGGUGUUACGUCCAUAAAUAUUCUGAUUUCUGUGACUUAAUUAGUUUUGGUGUUCUUGGCCUUUUAAACGAUGUGCCUCUGAGUCCUUGAAUUUAUAAAUUCAUAAUCUAAUAAACGCUGUAAAAAUGUCUUCAUUGACUUAUUACAUAUUAUAAGUUCAUAAAAAUAUGUAAAUACAAUUAUAUUGAAGACA